AUGGCCGCCCAAGAAUACAAGCUCAAGGGCCUCACUUCAAUUUCCAUCUCACCCGGCUCCAAACAAGAGGUCGAGGUGGAGGGCAUCGAGGGUGCCAAGGUACUUCUGAUCAAUGCUGGCGGCCGCAUCCAGGCCCUCGGCUCAAGAUGCACCCACUAUGGUGCCCCCCUCGCCAAGGGCGUCCUGACCGGCGCAGGUCGAUUAACAUGCCCAUGGCAUGGAGCCUGCUUUAAUGCCCGGACGGGAGACAUCGAGAGCGCUCCUGGACUCGAUGCCCUGCCAACCUUCAAACUUACUGAACGCGACGGAGCCGUCUACGUCACCGGCGACGAGGCGACCAUCAAGAGCUCCCGCCGCCGACCUAACUUUAGCUGCAACCCUGGCGCCACAACUAAGUUUGAGGGAGACGUCGUCAUCGUCGGCGGCGGCUCCGGGGCCAUGGGCGCCGUCGAGGGCCUCCGCGAAAAGGGCUACGACGCCGGCAUCACCAUCAUCUCCAACGAGGGCUACCUACCCAUCGACCGGCCCAAGCUGAGCAAGGCGCUCAUCGCCGACGCCGGCAAGCUCGCCUGGCGCGAGAAGAGCUGGUUUGAGGCUGGUGGCGUCCGCUGGGUUGACGGCGAGGUCGACGCUGUCGACUUUGCCGCGCGCGCCGUCAGCAUCAAGAGCGGCGGCCGCUUCCCCUACACCAAGCUCAUCCUUGCCACCGGUGGCACCCCCCGCGUCCUCCCUCUGCAGGGCUUCAAGGUGCUCGGCAACAUCUUCACGCUGCGCAGCGUGCACGACACCAAGCGCAUCAAUGAGGCCAUCGGCGAGGCCAAGGGCAAGCAGAUCGUCGUCGUCGGCUCCUCCUUCAUCGGCAUGGAGGUCGCCAACGCCACCAGCAAGGACAACACCGUCACCGUCGUCGGCAUGGAGAAGGUACCGCUCGAGCGCAUCCUGGGCGAGCAGGUCGGCGGCGCCGUCCAGAAGACGUACGAGGCCAAGGGCGUCACGUUCCACAUGAGCGCCGGCGUGGACCGGGCCGACCCGUCCGGCGCGGACCCGUCCCGCGUGGGCGCCGUGCUCCUCAAGGACGGCACCCGCAUUGACGCGGACCUCGUCAUCCUCGGCGUCGGUGUUGCGCCCGCCACCGAGUACCUGCGGGACAACGCCGUCGUGCGCCUCGAGGAGGACGGCUCGCUCCGCACGGACGACGGCUUCCUCGUGCAGGGCCUCAAGGACGUCUACGCGGUCGGCGACAUCGCGACAUACCCGUACCGCGGGCCCGGCGGCGACGGGCGGCCCACGCGCGUCGAGCACUGGAACGUGGCGCAGAACGCGGGCCGCGCCGCCGCGCAGCACAUCGUCAACCCGGCAGCGCCGGCGCCGCCGUUCAUCCCCGUGUUCUGGUCGGCGCUCGGCGCGCAGCUGCGGUACUGCGGCAACGCGGCGCCGUCGGUGGGCGGCUGGGACGACGUGGUCCUGCACGGGGACCUGGCGCAGGGCAAGUUCAUCGCGUACUACACCCGCGGCGAGACGGUGGUGGCGGCGGCGAGCAUGGGCAUGGAUCCCGCGGUGAUGCAGUCCUCGGAGCUGAUGCGGCUCGGCAAGAUGCCCAGCAAGUCGAUGCUGGAGGCUGGCUACGAUGUGUUGAGUGUGAACCUGUCCGACUAA